GACAAAAGAAAAAAAUGGGAAUUUAAAGGGGGUUGAAGUCAAGGUUCAGUGAAUCAAAGCCAUCCAUACAUUCAUUCACCGAAACACUCCUCACAUUCUUUUCUCAUACUGAUUCUGUUUAGAAAAUCACUUUAUGGUUAGAUAUAUAUGAUCACUGGAAUUAUAAUUAAUUUUCCCUAAAAGAAAUUCUGAUUUCUUCCUUUUAUCACUAUUUACUAGAGUUUGACUCCCAAUCAACUUCUCACUCCCAAGCCCAAAUCCCAAAUCCCAAAUCCCAAAUCUAAUUUGGCCCAUUCCUUAUCCUUUCCUCCUCUUUCCUCUCCGUUUUUUUUUCUCUAUUUUCAUUGGAACACUUUGAUCUCUAGAAUCUAUAGUCUUUGAUCUCAUCAGGUCUCUCUUUCUCUCACUAGAAACCUAAAAGAGGGGAACAACAGUAACCCUUCGAAGAAACAAGAAGAUUCCCCAGAAUAGUCGAAGGAGAAGGAUAAGUAAAAGGCAAGAAGGGAGGCGGCCAGCUAGCUAGCCAGCCUUAUUGAUCUUUUCUUUUUAUCUUUUGACUCAGACCUUUCUGCGAACAACUUCAGAACAAGUCGUAGGAGAAAGAGAAAGGAUGAGAGAUUUCUUGUAAUCUUCCGCCAAAACCCUAACCCUAACCCUCCUGAAAUUCGUUUUCAUUGUUGGAAGAAAUUGGUAGAAAGGUUGAGGGGAGAGGGUUUCGUAAGUAUCCAGAUCACCAGACCACACUCUCUGGUCAAUGUCGCAGCUGAAGCCGAUUUCCCAUCUUGAUCACAUUCCUUCGACGCCAGGAAAGUUGAAGAUGGACAAAUCGCCCUACAAUCACAGACUCCGGUGGCAUUCUUCGCUAAUCAAGCUUGUCUUCUGGUCCUUGCUAUUCCUUGGCCUAAUCCUUAUAUUUUUCCUCCGAUCUCCUUCUUCUCCAUCGUCUGAUUCCUCUCGCCGAUCUCUUCACGCCUCCAACUCGGGCGGCCCUGCCUGGGAGAAGCGUGUCCGUUCCUCAGCACGCGCCCGUUCUCGCAACGGCCUCUGUGUGUUGGUCACUGGCGCUGCAGGGUUCGUUGGCACCCAUGUGUCAACCGCAUUGAAGCGUCGUGGCGAUGGCGUCCUUGGCGUCGAUAAUUUCAAUGACUACUACGAAACUUCACUGAAGCGUGCCCGUCAGACCCUCCUUGAGAACACUGGAGUGUUCGUUGUUGAGGGAGAUAUCAAUGAUUCCGCUCUUCUCCGCAAACUAUUUGAUGUUGUCGCAUUCACCCAUGUCAUGCAUCUCGCGGCUCAGGCAGGCGUUAGGUAUGCAAUGCAGAACCCAGGUUCGUAUGUUCACAGCAACAUUGCUGGCUUUGUUAAUGUGCUUGAGGUCUGCAAGUCAGCCAAUCCACAGCCUGCGAUCGUCUGGGCUUCUUCGAGUUCGGUUUACGGCCUCAAUUCCAAGGUGCCUUUUUCGGAAAGAGAUCGAACUGACCAGCCCGCCAGCCUCUAUGCCGCCACCAAGAAGGCUGGUGAAGAGAUUGCCCACACCUACAAUCACAUCUAUGGACUUUCCAUUACUGGGUUGCGCUUCUUCACGGUCUACGGUCCUUGGGGUCGGCCUGACAUGGCUUAUUUCUUCUUUACGAAAGAUAUUCUCAAGGGAAAGCCGAUUUCGAUCUUUGAGGGCCCUAACCAUGGGACGGUUGCCAGGGACUUCACUUACAUCGAUGACAUUGUGAAGGGAUGCUUGGCUUCGUUGGACACUGCAGAGAAGAGCACCGGCAGUGGUGGGAAGAAGAGGGGGCCUGCACAACUCCGGGUCUUCAAUCUAGGGAACACUUCACCUGUGCCCGUCACCGAUCUUGUCCGCAUAUUGGAGAAGUUAUUGAAGGUUAAGGCCAAACGGGUAAUGUUGAAGAUGCCGAGGAAUGGAGAUGUGCAGUUCACUCACGCGAACAUAACCUUGGCACGUAAAGAGCUUGGGUACAAACCCACAACCGAUCUGCAGACAGGGUUAAAGAAGUUCGUCCGGUGGUACCAAAGUUACUAUUCUGGGAAGAAGGCUACUGGGUGAAUCCUCUUCAUUGAUAAGUGCGGUAGAAUUGUUUCUUUUCUUCUUCUUCCUUUUGAUUCUUACAAUUUUUUACCUCUUUCCCUUCAUCCAAAUCUCUUUCCAUAUAUCUUAAUAUUGGCAUAUAAGAAGGAAAUUCUGUCCUUUGGUAGAGAGGUCUUCAUGGUGGGUGGAAAUUGUUUGCCAGGCAUUCCUGAUCUGUAUCAAUAGAAAGCUGGAAGCAUCUCAUUUUUCAUUGUUUUUCUUCCCUAUUUCUUUUUUUUUUUUUUUUUUUUUUUUGUCUUAAUUAGGAUUGUUGCUACGUCUAGGUUCAGAAAUGUAUAAAACAUUGCAGAUAAGUCACAAGCAUCUGGUAUUCUGAUUGGUGGACUUACUUUCAUUAACUUGAUGUGAUUUCAAUAAAAGUAUCAAUUGCGACUGGGUUUCCUA